UGUCACUUAAAGAAAUGGACAGCACACUAAGCCAGUAAAAUUAUCAGAUUCUGAGUUAAUAUUUAAACUGUGCUGUUUGUGUCAACUUGGCUGAAUCGGUGCAUGUUAUCGGAAUGAUAACAAAUUCCUUCUGAUUAACGCAUGAGUGCUUGAUUCUUGAUCAGUGCAUGCGGCGGUGAGUAAUAUGUAUCGUCUGUGGUUGAAUAGUGGAUUUUCUGUGCACGCCGAUAGACAGUAAUGCACAAUGCCAAUAUCCAACUAGGAGAAAUGGGAGCAAGCUUGAGUACACAUGGAGCAAUCACGUUACGAUUAAAGAAGAGAGACAUAACAACUCAAGCUGCCCCUGGAAAAGGCUCUGAAAUCAGCGAUGAAGAAGUCUCUGGGGAGGGUAGCGGAGUUAAAAGUUCUUCUGGCCAUGGAAAACAUAACUCGCCGUCCAAACAUCGUCGAAUCGUGCUGAACGUGUCAGGAUUCCGAUACAUGACUUACGCCAAAACAUUGGAAAGGUUUCCUACCACCCUUCUGGGAAAUAUAGAGAAAAGGAAACAAUAUUACGACGAAGAACGCGAUGAAUACUUCUUUGAUCGGAACAUUCAAGUGUUCGAAUUAAUUUUGUACUUCUAUCAGUCUAAUGGCCGAUUGGUCUGCCCUCCAGAGUUGGCUCCGGAGAUUUUAUUGGAAGAGGUAGAGUUUUUCGAACUUGGAGAGCAAGCUGUUAAUGCGGUUAAGGAUAUUCUGAACGAAGAUGAACCACCAGAGAAAGCAAUAAUAAUGCCAGAGAACAGAGCGCAAAAGAUAAUAUGGCGACUGUUCGAGUAUCCCGAUUCCAGCAAAGCGGCUCGUGUGUUAGCGCUGUUGUCUGUUUCAGUAAUCGUGGCAUCGAUAGUGGUAUUGUGUAUAGAAACACUUCCCGAGUUCAUCGUUCUGUCAACUGAAGGGGUUGACGCAAAUGAUACGGCAAAGUUACAAGAAAUUAGGGAACACAACAAGUUGGCGACAUCGGUAAAGAACGUGUUUGGGCAGCUUGAAAUUGCAUUCAUUAGCUGGUUUACAUUUGAGUAUUUAGUACGAUUAAUGGCUAGUCCACAUAAAUGGAUGUUCGUACGUUCCUUUCUAAAUGUGAUCGAUUUACUCGCUAUACUGCCGUUUUACGUGGAACUGGGACUUAAAAACAGCAGCGAGCAGACAUUUUCACUCGCCUUUCUCCGAAUUUUAAGACUUGUUCGAGUGUUCCGUAUAUUUAAGCUUUCGCGUCAUUCUAGCGGACUCCAAAUUCUCGGACUAACGUUGCGGAAGAGUCUGCGAGAGCUUGGACUCCUGAUAUUUUUCUUAGUAAUCGGUGUGGUAAUAUUCUCAAGUAUGAUUUACUAUGCAGAGAGUGGUGAUGAAGAAACAUUCUUCCGAAGUAUCCCGGAUGCCUUCUGGUGGGCUCUUGUUACCAUGACAACUGUAGGUUAUGGAGAUAUGUAUCCUAAGUCAGUGUGGGGAAAGCUUGUUGGAUCUGGUUGUGCACUCUGCGGUGUGCUUGCGAUUGCUCUACCUGUGCCAGUAAUUGUCUCGAAUUUCGACGCCAUUUAUAAAAAGUACCGCAAUCGGAAGUUGAAGCAGCAAGGUUUGCAAGAUGUAGACGACGACAGCAAAUCCAGAAAAUUGAGUGUAAUGUUCGGUUCUCGGAAGACGUCGGAAGCUGUCAUGAACAACUCGGAUAUUCGAGACUCGCGUGGAAUCGAGCUCCAGACUCUAAACGAGAUCGACUAUUUGGAAAACGAAAUGAAUGAUGACAAACGGAACGGAAAUGUCGUGCAGCGAGAAGAAGAAAAAGAGGAAGGCUCAGAACAUUCUUGGCAGCCAGGCUUGACAAAUGGAAAGAAGAAAAAAUCUCACGAUAAAGACCUUGAUCGAGAUCCCGAAAACCCCUCGGAGUUUCUUUCACUGCUCGAAGAGGAAGAAUCGUCGUUCUCAAAGCUUGAUCAGACCAAUGUUUGAAAGACUUAAAAAUUUCCAAGCUGGCAUAUCAAGCAUGAUCCAGCGUCGUGUAAGUGUCAUGAAGAGGACCCAUCCCAGGCAGUUUCAUGUUUGUUUUCCUCAACUAGCUUAAGAGGCCGACUCAUCACCGGUCACCACUGCUAGUGCUGACUAGACGACCAGAAGGUCAAAAGGACUAAUUUUGGAAAAUUUCACUUCAUCAUGUCUCAUAUCCCCAAUUUUCACUGACAUUUUGCUGAUUAAUGAAUCUCUGCUCAAUAGGAAUACCUCUCAAAUUUGACUUCCGCGGGCAAAACAGAAAAAAAAACUAACACAUCAACAGACUGCGAGAAAGGCGACAUUUAAUAGUUACCUCUCCGGAUAAUUGGAACAAAAUUGAAAUUUCUCAUUUGUAAUAUGAUGAGAUGAAAGCGAUGACAAACAAGAUAAACAAAACUAAUGAACACUUUCACUGAAACUGAAUCAAGCUUGUCAUCGAAAAUUAGCUAUUAUCAGAAGAUCUAAAAGUGUCAAGGUCAAAUUUUGUACAAAAAUAGUUGUUUUGAAACGAUUCCUUUUUUGUAAUUGAGAAAUGAGAAAUGAUUAUUUUUUCUAUUUAUAACAUCGGCAUUUUGUAAAUUUCGGCUUGAGGAUUCCAAUUAGUAUACAAAUGUUGUAUAAAUUUUGCUUGGCAUGUGGCGUAUUGCUCUUUGGAGAAUCUAGAUGUUUUUCUGUCGAACAAAGGCAUUUAUUCAACCUUAGAGAUAUAUUUUGGAUUUUUGUGCACUGUUAUUUCAAGUGCGACUGAAAUGCCCUGAGAGAAGAUCUCAAGACACUUCAAACGACUUGCGAGUGGUCAUAUUGAUUGUACAAGUAAUUUAUGAAAUAUUUUUGUAGCACGGAAACUGAAGGACACUAUUUUCAAGCAUGGAAGUUGCAAGUUUUUUAAUUAAACUGCGGUGUUGACGUA